AUGGAUGAUCUCGUCCAGUCGACCGCCUUCAUGCCUCCCAUCGUAGACAGCAUGGAUUCUUGCCAUGUCUUUCUAUUCGGUGACCAGACUGUAUCCUUCGAGCGAGACCUGCAAAGACUCCUUCAUGUCAAGGACAACAAUGCCCUCCGGUCGUUCUUUGAUAAAGUCGGAUUCUCCCUCCGCAGGGAGCUUUCCAACCUCCCUUCCAGCCAACAAGAAUGGUUUCCGCGCUUCACCACGGUAAUCGAUCUCGUAUCCAAACUCGACGAGACAGAAGGAAGACCAGUUCUGAAGUUUGCUCUGCUGUGUCUCUGCGAAAUUGCUCAAUUCAUCAGAUACUUUGGCGAAGGAUCAAGGCCAUAUCCUCAAGUAGCAAACAGCUAUUUGCUGGGUCUCUGUACCGGCUCAUUUGCCGCUGCUGCGAUCAGCACAUCCCAAACUCUCUCCGAGCUGAUUCCAGCCGGCGUCGAAGCCGUCCUGGUAGCCUUCAGGACUGCUCUUCGCUCGUUUGUCCUGCACAAUGACUUGGAAGGACCGAUUCCUGGCCUGUCGCGUUCAUGGUCCGUAGUCGUUGAUGCGCAGGAAGCUGACGCCCGUGCAUUGAUCGAAUCCUUCUGCUCUGAAAAGGGUCUACCGCGCAGUAGCAGGCCCUACGUCAGCUCGGUGAUGCCAACGAAUGUGACAAUCAGUGGACCCCCUUCGCUUCUACAGGAGUUUCUAACUGCAAACUCCUUCAGAGCGCAUCACUUGCCUAUCGAGCUGCCCUAUCAUGCUCCUCACUUGUUCGAUGCUGCUGACGUGGAUGAGAUCGUGGGCGAAUUCCACGACUCGGUGCUUGAAUCAUACAAGCAGCGGUUCACAUUAUUAUCCGCUGCCUCUGGCGAACCCGUCGCUGCUGACAGUUUCAAGACUGUUCUGCGAACAAUCGUAUCAGACACACUGUGCAAGCCACUUCGAUGGGACAAGAUCCUUCCGGUCAUCACAGACACUGUCUCCAACGAGGAUUUUAAACACUGCAUUCUCUAUCCGCUGUCAUCGACCAGCAGCCAGCUUCUUUCCUCGACAUUGACCAAAAACACCAGCGUUCAAGUUAGCAUUAACAAUCUUGUUGGUUCUGGCAGCUCGGCCCCUACCGGCAGAUUUGAACAGUCAAAAAUAGCCAUCAUCGGAUACUCGGGACGUUUCCCAGACGCAGCAUCGAAUGAAGAGUUUUGGGACUUGCUUCACGCUGGCCGCGACGUGCAUCGCACCAUUCCAGAGGACCGCUUCGACUGGAAAGCACACUUUGAUGCUACUGGCAAGAAAAAGAACACCAGCAGGAUUCAGUAUGGCUGUUUCAUCAAAGAACCAGGCCUAUUCGAUACCCGAUUCUUCAACAUGUCUCCAAGAGAGUCCGAGAACACGGACCCCGCUCAGAGAUUGGCCAUCACGGCUACUUACGAGGCGAUCGAGAUGGCAGGUCUGGUUCCAAAUCGAACCCCGUCCACUCAACAAGACCGGAUCGGUGUCUUCUUCGGCAUCACCAGCGACGACUGGAGAGAGGUGAACAGUGGCCAGAAUGUGGACACCUACUUCAUUCCUGGUGGAAACCGGGCCUUUGUUCCUGGGCGGAUCAGUUACUUUUUUCGUUUCUGCGGACCGAGUCUCAGCAUUGACACGGCAUGCUCAUCGAGCUUUGCCGCCAUUCAAACGGCCUGCGCUUACCUAUGGCGAGGAGAGUGCGAUACUGCUGUGGCUGGAGGCACGAACGUGCUGACAAACCCCGACAACUUUGCCGGUCUUGAUCGAGGACACUUCUUGUCGACAACAGGCAACUGCAACGCCUUUGACGACGGGGCCAGCGGAUACUGCAGAGCGGACGCUGUUGGAUCGGUCAUCCUCAAACGACUUGAGGACGCUGAAGCAGACAAUGAUCCCAUCUUCGGCGUCAUUGUUGGAGCGUACACCAAUCAUUGCGGACAAACUGAUUCCAUCACACGGCCUCACGAAGGUGAUCAAGCAUCCGUGUUCAAACGCAUCAUGAGAAAUGCCGGUGUGAACCCCCUGGACAUCAGCUACAUUGAAAUGCAUGGGACAGGAACACAAGCGGGAGAUGCCACAGAGAUGAACUCAGUUCUCUCUGUCUUCGUACCAGGUCGCGAGCGAGUACCACGUCAUCCACUCUACCUUGGCUCCGCGAAGGCCAAUGUUGGCCACGCCGAAUCCGCGUCAGGAGUGUCUUCACUCAUCAAAGUCUUGAUGAUGAUGAAACAUAACGAGAUUCCGCCUCACUGCGGGAUCAAGACCAAGAUCAAUCAUAAUUAUCCCCUUGAUCUCAACGAGAGGAACGUUCAUAUCGCAUUUAAACCUGUCCCUUGGCAUCGAAAGGACUGUUACAAUGGAAAGCGGACUGUCUUCCUAAAUAACUUCAGUGCCGCGGGUGGAAAUACCGCGGUGCUCUUGGAGGAUGCGCCCUUGCCUCAACAGAGUGGCAAUGAGAACGAUCCCCGUACCACUCAUCUCAUCGCGGUUACUGCAAAGACUCCCAAGUCACUAAGUGGAAACAUUGCCGCACUGAUCCGCUUUCUCGACGACAAUCCUGAUACUUACGUACCGGCGUUGUCAUACACAACUACCGCAAGGCGGAUCCAGCACAAUUACCGGAUAAUGUGUGCCGGGUCAGAUGUCCAAACACUCAGGGAAAGCCUCGUAGCAAAAUCGAACAUUCCGGAUCUUAAACCUAUACCGAACUUUUCAAAGAUUCCAAAAAUUGUAUUUGUUUUUACGGGUCAGGGUUCUUUCUAUGCAGGCGUUGGGAAGCAAUUAUUUGAGUCGAUUUGGCAGUUCAAAUCAGAUAUCCUUCGAUUCGACGGCAUCGCACAGCGCGAAGGCUUUCCGAGUUUCUUAUCAGCGAUCGAUGGCAGCACUGAGAUCAACGGGGACGUAGAUCCCGUCAUCGCUCACCUUGCAUUGACAUCCAUACAAAUGGGUCUUUCUCGGCUUUGGAUCUCUUGGGGUAUCAAGCCAAGUGCAACGAUCGGCCACAGCCUCGGAGAAUACGCAGCUCUCCAUGCUGCCGGGGUUCUGACAGCUAGCGAAGUCAUCUACCUCGUCGGGACCAGGGCUCAAUUGCUUUCGGCUUCUUGUACCAAAGGAACUCACUCCAUGCUGGUCAUUAAAGCUCCACUGGAUGUUGUCAGGCCUCUCUUCGCUGGAUCUCGCUGUGAAGUAGCUUGCAUUAACCAGCCGACAAGCAAUGUUAUUAGCGGGCCGGGAUAUGAAAUCGAUGCGCUGGCGAAGCAAUGCCAGUCAUAUGGUCAUGAAAGCGUCAAGCUGGACAUUCCAUUCGCUUUUCACUCAGCCCAGGUUGACCCUAUAUUGGAAGCUUUUGAAGUCGCAGCGGGGAGUGUUCGAUAUGAAAAGCCAUCUAUACCGUACAUAUCUCCACUGCUUGGACAGGUUAUUUCAGAUGGUACUACUUUGGGUGCAUCGUAUCUGACCAAAGCGUGCCGCAACGCAGUGAAUUUCCAAGGGGCACUGGAGGCUGCCAGGGCUGCAUCCAUCGUGGAUGAUCGAACCAUCUGGCUUGAGAUUGGAUCACAUCCUGCCUGCUCUGGAAUGGUGAAGGGGACAUUCGGCUCCCAGACGUUGACCAUUCCAUCUCUAAGAAAAGGCACGGAUACAUGGAAGGUGAUCGCAAGCGGACUGGAGUCACUGUACCUCAACGGCAUCGAGAUCGACUGGAAUGAGUAUCACCGUGACUUCAAAAGUUCACACCGAGUUGUUGGCCUUCCGCGAUACAGUUGGGACUUGAAAAACUACUGGAUCCAAUACCGGAACAACUUUUGCCUCACCAAAGGCGACGAUCCUGAGCCGCAACAGAUCCCCGCCGCUGUGCCUGAUGAACAGCAAACGCCUGUUUAUAUUUCCCCCUCUACACAGCGGGUUGUCGAAGAGGAUCAUGCAGCUGAUAUCUCAACGCUUCUCGUGGAGUCCGACAUUCAUGAUCCACGACUUGCUCCUGUAAUUCAGGAUCAUAAAGUAAACGGUGUACCGCUUUGCCCUUCAUCUCUUUACGCCGAUAUGGCCAUGUCAGUAGCGGACUAUAUGCUCAAAGCGAAAAACAAACGGAGCGACAACGCUGGUCUGGACGUUGCAGACGUCAAGGUGGAGAAGCCGCUCAUAGCGACGCCUGACAAAGGCUCUCAGCUGCUUCGUGUCUCAGCUUCAGCGGACUGGUCAACGAAUGUUGUGUCCAUUUCCUUGUAUAGCGUCACUUCAGAGGGAAAGAAGCUCGCGGACCAUGCGACAUGCCAAGUCAGAAUCACAGAGAAGCAGACAUGGCUUGACGACUGGAAGCGGACUUCGUAUCUCAUCAGGAGCCGAAUUACAUCCCUGAACAAGGCGGUCGAUGAAGGCGACUCGCACAAGAUGAAGGGUGGUAUCGUCUACAAGCUGUUUGGUGCCGUUGUGGACUACGGUCCUAGAUACCAUGGCCUGCAGGAAGUCGUUCUCGACAGCAAUGAACUCGAGGCGACCGCAAAGGUCUCGUUUCAGGUGGAUGAUGGCGGCUUCUUCCUGAAUCCGUGCUGGAUUGACAGCCUCGGGCAUAUCGCCGGCUUCAUCAUGAAUGGAAAUGACAACGUUAACUCAGCAACGCAAGUGUUUAUUAAUCAUGGCUGGGACAGGAUGCGGUGUGCGACAAAGUUUUCAAAGGACAAGGUGUAUCAAACCUAUAACAGAAUGCAACUUGUCAGUGGAACAAUGUACGCUGGCGAUACUUAUAUCCUCGACGAAGGCAACAUCGUUGCAAUCUUUGAAGGCGUCAAGUUUCAAGGUGUUCCACGCCGAGUCCUGGAUCAUUUACUCCCGUCUAAGACUGCAGCACCAAAGAAUGCACAAAAAGCGUCAAAUACAACCACUCCAGACGCCAAGGUUCCUACAAAGACGAAGCCAGCGUCAGCACCAGUCGCAAAGAGGUCCCCUGCAGCCACUAAACAAACAUCAAAGCCUGCUGCCGUAUCCCAAGCGAAGCCAUCCAACAAUAGCAUUGUGCCACGAGUGAUGGCGAUUGUUUCCGAAGAGGCAGGCAUUGAUAGUUCUGAGCUAAGCCCAAAUGACGAGUUUGGCGAUUACGGAAUCGAUUCUCUUUUGUCCCUAACUAUCUGUGGCAGGCUCCAAGAAGAGUUAGGGCUCAGCCUACCGUCGAGUCUCUUCGCGGACUACCCGACUGUUAAGGAGUUGUCAAACUUCUUCCAGGGGAGUGAGCAGCCCCUGUCACCUGCGGAGUCAUCUGUCGAUGAUCAAGACAUCCAAACGCCGGAGCACGACACGGACUUGGAAGGAACAUCUUCUGAAUAUGAGACACGGGCGACAUCUGUUGCAGAACUAAACGAUGUAAUUGAGAUCAUCCGCGCGACGAUUGCUGAAGAGACCGGAGUCGCCAUCGCCGACGUCACACCCUCAACCAGUUUCGCCGAGCUGGGAGUCGAUUCUCUCUUAGGGCUGACCAUCAUGGGCAAGCUGAGCGAGGAGUUAGAAAUGGAUAUCCCAUCGACUCUCCUUACUGAAAAUGACACUUUGGAUGAGAUCGAGUCCGCACUGGGACUGAAGGCGAGGGGGUCCAAGGACAGCGACCCCGUCUCGAGGGGCCCUGGCGUCCUUCGCCUUGAACCUGAUAAACCUCCUCAUUCCACUUCUGUCCUGCUGCAAGGAAAUCCCAAGUCUGCAACCAAGAUCCUCUUCCUAUUCCCUGAUGGCUCUGGGUCAGCCACUUCGUACGCGUCGUUAGCCAAGAUCUCGUCCGACGUCGUUGUCUAUGGCCUGAACUGCCCGUGGAUGAAGACACCACAGGACAUGACGUGUACCUUGGAGGAUCUGACCGCCAAAUACCUGGUUGAGAUUCGGCGUCGACAGCCUCACGGGCCGUACUACUUUGGGGGAUGGUCAGCAGGAGGCAUCUGUGCCUAUGAAGCUGCCCAGCAACUGGCACGCCAGGGAGAGGAAACCGCACGGCUGAUCUUGAUCGACUCACCCAAUCCCAUCGGGCUGGAGAAUCCGCCGCAGCGGAUGUACGACUUCUUCGAGAGUCUGGACUUCUUCGGGAUGAAUGGAAAAGCGCCUCCCAGCUGGCUGCGACCGCAUUUCAACGCCUUCAUCAGGCUGCUGGAUGAGUACAAGAUCCAGCCAUUUUCCGGGCGUCCACUGGACACGCAUAUUGUGUAUGCGCGCGAUGGCAUCUGCAAACACCCCAGCGAUCCCCGGCCGGAGAUUCGACCGGACGAUCCACGAGAGAUGCUCUGGCUGCUGAACAACCGCACUGAUUUCAGCGGUUCCGGCUGGGCACAGCUGGUGGGAGCUCAAAAUCUCAAAAUCAGCGUAAUGGAUGAGGUUAACCAUUUCUCCAUGGUGGCUCCAGAACCCAAGAUCGAUAAACUGAGUGCUUUCAUUAGACAGGCGAUGGAAUAA